AAGACGCAAUUUUUUUCCCCGUAAUAUUAAAUUUAAACGCUAGGGUUCGCACAGUCUAUUGGCGCCAUUAACUGAAUCGGAAAGAAAGAACGGCAGAGAUGCAGCAACAAGCUAAUCCUUCAGUUGAAAGUAGUGAUGGUGUUCCCACUUUCAAGUGUGUUUUAGUUGGCGAUGGUGGAACAGGAAAAACCACAUUCGUAAAGAGACAUUUAACUGGUGAAUUUGAAAAGAAAUAUGUUGCUACUUUGGGUGUUGAAGUUCAUCCACUGGUAUUUCAUACAAAUCGUGGUGCGAUUAGAUUUAAUGUAUGGGAUACAGCCGGUCAGGAGAAGUUUGGCGGUCUCAGAGAUGGAUAUUAUAUCCAAGGGCAGUGUGCUGUUAUAAUGUUUGAUGUUACUUCAAGAGUAACUUACAAGAACGUUCCAAACUGGCAUAGAGAUUUGGUCCGAGUUUGUGAAAAUAUUCCAAUUGUUCUUUGUGGAAACAAAGUUGAUAUCAAGGACAGAAAAGUAAAGGCAAAAUCUAUUGUUUUUCACAGGAAGAAGAACUUGCAGUAUUAUGACAUUAGUGCCAAGAGUAAUUAUAAUUUUGAAAAGCCAUUCUUAUGGUUAGCCAGGAAACUGAUUGGAGAUCCAAAUCUCGAAUUUGUUGCCAUGCCAGCUCUAGCACCACCAGAAGUAACCAUGGAUCCAGAAUGGAAGGCCAAGCUCGAAAAUGAAAUGAAGGAUGCUUACAACACACCCUUACCAGAUGAAGAUGACGACGAGCUUUAGUAUGUACGAAACGUGAUAUCCAACCAAAUUUGUUCUUCGUAUACAGACUGCUAAAGAUUUGCACUAUUUUAAGUUAACUCACUCUUCAUGUACAGGAUUAUUAUCUGUUCUGUAAAUUGUAAACUGUGCAAGUAUGAAAGAUGAAACGUAUGAGAAGUUAAAAUGGGAAUUUCAUUUGUGACUGAUCUCAAGCAUUCUGAAUAGACAUUUCAUAUUCAUUGAUUUUUUUUAAUAUAGCAUUAAAGAAAAAUUAAUAUCAGGUUUAAAAAUAAAGACGUUUCUGCCUACAAAUGUAUCCUUUCUGUACGUAACGACGUAUCGACGGGGAAAAUAGAACGGUACGUAUCGAACGUGCCCAAACACAGGCGAUAUUAUCAAAUUAGUCCUGUCCGAAACAGUAUUCAAAAGUUCGGCCGCACUCGGUUAAUUAUUUUUUACCAAAAUAAAGCAAAUGAGUUUGAAGCGUGUUGGAUAUUGUCUGUUUGCUGCAAAUCUUUUUGAGUUUAUACUUUAAAUGCAGUUAGUGUAAUUGAUACAAUGAUGCUGUAAAAGUGAAUUUGUAUGAAAUGAAAAGUGUUUUUCAAAAUGCAA